AUGAUAGUCAACGAACGAAUUGUUGUUUUAAUUAUUUACUUGCUAUGUAUAUUUAAAUUAAUUUUAGCCGUUUCAAAUCUCAAUACUUUAUUUUUAUUUGAUUAUCAUAAAAACCAAACAACAGCAAAUAAUUUUACAAUAAAAGUUGAAUUAAAAGAAAAAAUAAAAUUAAAAACGUUAUGUAACACAAAAAAUGCGUGUUUAUUAAAAAUAGCAUUAAAAAUUAAAAAUAAUAAAAAUUUAUCAUUUGAUAUUUGGUGUAAUGCUCCAUCUGUAUUCAUUGAUUUAGAUAAAAAUAAUCAUGUUAGAGCAUGUAUCAUUGAUAUAAAAAAUGUAAAAACAGAUCCCAUGAUAAUCGUGACUAUCCGAGCACAUGAUAAUGGAAUAUUAACACCGAUUCUUUUCGCUAACUUUUCGAAUAAUAUUAGGCAUGACGUUGAUGAAAUUGUAGGAGAUGAUAUUUACAUUUAUCCGCCGGCCGAACACAGAUUGGCUCCACGCUCAAAUAUCGAAGCAGAUUUCAGCAAACCUGACUUCGAGGAACAACUACUGGUCGAUAAUGUGGCAGAAUCAAAUAGAAUAGGACCUCUAGCGGAAGUGAUAGUCUCCGACGUUCAAACAGAUGUAUUAGAUCCAGUCAAUAAUAUACAUGCGACAACGCAAGCAGCAGUUUCCCAAACCGAUGCAUUACAAUCUGAUCUAGAAUCCAAUGACAAUGUAGCAUCAAAUACAGCAAAAACUACAACAACUGCUGAUUUAUCUGCGACAAGCGACCCUUCUGUAAUAACCAGUACAGAUGAAAGUGAAGGUGAGGCUUAUUCAUAA